AUGUCUCAAGCUCAUGGGCUGGCGGACUUCGAAAAAGAGCUGGUAUGCUCGAUCUGUACCGAGCUCUUCUACCAGCCCCUCACCCUCCUCGACUGCCUCCACACCUUCUGUGGCUCCUGCGUGAAAGAAUGGUUCUCCGCACAAGGUUCGCGCUCCUCCGCACCCCGAUUCACCUGCCCCUCCUGUCGCGCCGAGGUACGCGAUACCCGUCCAAAUGCCACCGUGACAACUCUACUGGGCAUGGUCUUGGACGCGCAUCCUGAUCGUGCCCGAUCCACGGACGAGAAAGCGGAAAUCGCCCAACGCUAUACACAUGGGGAAUCUGUAUUUCCGACUGCGUCGGGCGGCGAGAGCGCAGACGAGCGCGACGAUGCUCGGGUCCUGGACGAGGUGCGCGAGUUGAGUCUGCGGGAAAGUCGGGCGCAGGCGAGGCGGGAGACGAGGCGGGGCGCAGGCUCGCGAACCCGCGACGGGCAUACUGAGAGGCAUACGGAAGAUGGCCGGUCAAGACGACGGAGGGAAGAGCGUGCAUUGCGCUCUGAUGAUACGGAGCGGUCAAGGCGAGUCGAGCAUCAAUCGAGCUUGCGAUCGCUGUUGAGUUUGUCCUCGGAUAUGGAGACGAUGGAGGAGGAGAUCUUGCGACAGAUUCUAGAGGAUGGUCUGCUGGAUGAGAUCAACUUGGAUUCAUUGGGACCGAGACAAGAGGAGGAGCUCAGUGAACGCAUUGCGGACGCGUACCGUCGGAGACAUAUGCGGCAAUCGCGAUCUGGGCGACAAGAUCAGAGCCAGAGACAGGAGUCCGAGACUCCUACACGAACGCAUAGAUCGGAUUCCACGCAGAGGAAUGCAGAGUCUACAACAAGCACUCGAGAGCACGGUGAUAGACGGCCGCCAGCCUCGAGACCGCACCUGCUAAAUUCCACACCGACACGACCGAGCAUUUCAAACCACCAAAGACGAAACUCAGAACAGGGUCAUGGGCGCCGGCGCACCUCGCCAGUUCGAACAAACCAGGCGUCGGCCUCAGACGACGCCAUACGGCCCGCCAUCCGCUCUUCGAGUGAUAUGACUGCUGACCGGGCUCGUGUGUCUCAAACUGGGCGGAUAAGAUCAGAAUCAUCAUCAGCCAGAUCGCGACGUGCUACUGAGUCGGGGCAGAAUCCCACUGCCACCUGGACGGCAGGUCGAGAAAGAAGCUCCCACCGACAACCGACUAGCGAAUCGGCCACCAACUCUCCCGUUGUUGCCACCGCACCCUCGACGACAACACAGCGCCAGACUCCAACCGAGCAGAACGUGCCUUCCAUGUCCUCUCCUCUUGUUCCGAACAGGUCAGAUAGGAGAACGAGACCAUCGUCUCGAUCCAAUGGUCCUGCUUCUGUACAAUACAUUGAACCCUCCAUCUCCUGUGACAGGUGCAGAAAGACCGGGAUCCAGUAUGAUCUGCACAAAAGAUGCACAAAAUGCAAGAACGGGAACUUCCAUCUAUGUCUUCGGUGCUAUCGAGAUGGGCGUGGCUGUCACCAGUGGAGCGGGUUCGGGGCAUCUGCCAAAGUCAACUUUCAACGGAUCAUUGCUUCCUCCUCUAGCCGUCCUUUGCAGAUCAAUGAGUCGGGGCAUGUCAUGGUCUGGUUCAAAUAUCAACGUCCACCAGAAUCUUCCACGAGCACAGCAAGCGGCGAACGGCAGAUGGUCAAUGACAAUCCUGCUCGCCGGCUACAGAGUGGUCUUUUCUGUAAUACGUGCCAAUCCCAGACCAACGACUGCUUUUGGGAAUGCAGCAAGUGCAACGAAGGUGAUUGGGGAUUUUGCAAUUCCUGUGUGAACCAAGGACGAUGCUGCACCCACGCCUUGCUACCCAUACGUCGCAUAGCCCACGCUCCACCUCCUGCAUCAUCUGUUCCACACCCGCCAGUUCCUGCCGACCCUCCUCUGCCUACCGAACACGAGAGCUUCAAAAUCCUGUCAUUCUCCACCAACUGCGAUAUCUGCACAUACCCAAUUCCGGCCUCCAACACUCGCUACCACUGCCUGGAAUGCAACGGUGGAGACUACGACGUCUGCAAAAACUGCUACCUAAAACUAGUCGCAACGAGCAAAAUCAGCAGAGAAAACGGCCACCAAGGCUGGCGACGCUGUCUCGCCGGCCACCGAAUGAUCACAGUCGGUUUUGAAGACCACGAAGAAGGCCAACGCCGCGCCAUCGUCAGUGAUCUCGUCGGUGGCCGCGCCCUGAAAGACGAACACGUCGCACAGUCGCAGCCUCAAUCCCCCACCCCAGAUGUAAGCGGUCCAGUUGUAUCUCCCAAAUUCGGCACCGGCGACUGGAGCUGGAAGGAGGGUCCUGGACCCGAACGACGAAAAAAGGCAUCCCGCGUCCGCGGCCUCGCCCUCGGUAUAGGCCACGGCUCUGGUUCCGACAUUUCGACUCCCGCGAGCCCAGUCCAAGGCAUCCCGCCAUUCCGCAGAUUCCCACCGAAUGGCGGUGUUGGCCUCAUUGUUGAGGCUAUUUGGCCUUGGUAUCCUGAAGACGACGUCGUUGAUGAAUUGUCUUUCCCGCGUGGUGCUGAUAUCACCGAGGCGGAGAAUAUCAAUGGCGAUUGGUACUGGGGCUGCUAUGCUGGGAAGACGGGGCUGUUUCCUGGUGCGCAUAUUAGGGUCGUGAGGGAGGUCUACAAGUGA